CUGAAAUUUCUAUUUCACCGUACUUGUAAAUCAAUUUCUUUUCAUUCUUGCACAAUUUCAUAAACCCUUUUCUUUCCUCCUUUUUUUUUCUGCACUUCGUUUUAUGGGUUUCUAAUUACUUGUCUCUUUUGUUAAUUUAUUACAAAUUCCUUCGUGGGUUUCUGCUAAUUUCCUCAAUUUCAUGCAAAAAAGGAAAAACAAUUGUCACCCAACGCUCAUUGCCAUUUUCUUUCUUAUAAUAAUCGUAGUAUUUGGCACAAAAAGCGGAAAUAAAUAAAUAAAUAAACUGAAACAAACCCUUUUCUGGUUCUCUAACACUUUUUUUUUUUUUUUUUUAAUAAUUGUUCUUUGCUUUAAGGAUAAAGGCGUAAUCUUGUUGAAUUGUUGGAGGAAAAAUGAAGGAUCAUGAAGCAAAGAUGCCUAGAAUGGAGGAUAUAUUAAGCCUUCCUGUGCAAGAUCCUCCAUAUGCAGAGUUUUCUGCUGCUCAUCUAAAUUGGGUGAAAGUAGAAGGCGGUCGUCAAGGUGGUGACGACAUUGCACUAAUUCCUUUUGCUAGAGUGGAUGAUUUUGUCAAAGGAGAAUCCAGUAAUGCAGAAUGUCCGGCUCGUUUCCGAGUUGAAUCGAGAAGGAAGAGGCUUGAAGGGAGUCUCAACAAACCAAGGGUUGAUGGAUAUCUUGAAUAUACACUGUAUUGGUGCUCUUAUGGUCCUGAAGACUACAGGGACAGUGAAUCUGGUAUUGGAGAAAACUCGAGCAUUAAACCCACUUCUGGUAAGGGAAGUAGGCCUGGGAGACGACACAUGAUGAGGGGAUGCCUUUGCCAUUUUACUGUUAAACGCUUAUACACCCGUCCACUCCUUGCCCUUAUAAUCUACAAUCAGAGAAAUCAUGUGGACAAAACAGGAGCACCUUGUCAUGGAAUACUUGAUCAGGAAGCUGUAGGUACAAGAGCAAUGUAUGCUCCUCGUAUUUCUGAGGAACUACGUCAAAAAGUGAUGUCCAUGCUUCAUGUUGGAAUAUCUUUGGACAUGAUAAUCCAACAUCACAUGGAACAGGUGCAGAGGCAUGGAGGAGCCCACACCCGGGAUGAUUUUCUGACUCGUAAUGAUGUGCGUAAUAUGGAAAGGAUUAUCCACAAAUCAUCCCAUGAAUUACAUGCCAAUGACAAAUGCAGUGUAAUGAUAUGGGUGCAACGCCACCGUAAGCAUGUUUUUCAUUUACAAGAGAAAUCCGGUUCUGAACCUUUUAUAUUAGGGAUACAGUCAGAUUGGCAGCUUCAGAAGAUGCUUCGUUAUGGACAUAAUGCAUCCAUUGCUUUUCAUUCAGCAUAUAACUCUAAAACAUUUGAGUAUGCUUUGUGCUCUCUGCUUGUAUUUGACUCUUCCCAGAAUCCGAUUCCAAUUGCCUGGGUCAUUACCUCUAGUUUGCCUGGUCAAAGUAUUCACAAAUGGAUGUCGACUCUUGUUGAAAGAAUUCAUCAGAAGGACCCAAGGUGGAGACCUUGUGCAAUUCUAGUGGAUGAUCCUUCUGUUGAGGCUUCAGUUAUAAGAGAGGCCUUCCAAUGCCGCGUUUUAUUAUCCCUUUGGCAUGUGCGUCGUGGUUGGUUGAAAAGCCUUUUGAAGAAUUGCAGCAAUUUUGAUGUGCAGAGGGAGAUGUUUAAGCAUGUAGGCAGGAUUUUGUACUGCUCAAAAAGUGGGCGAAAUGUGGUUGAUGCUGUUGAAGAGUUCAUGCAAAUAUAUGUCGAUCAGCAUGCAUUUAUAGAACACUUUAGAAGCAAAUGGUUGCCAAAGAUAGAAUUGUGGGUCAAUUGUGUCAGAACUCUCCCGGUAGCAAAUCAAGAGCCAUAUGCUUCAAUAGAAGUAUAUCACUUAAGAUUGAAAUCCAAAGUUCUAAAUUUGUUAUGUGCAAAUUCUCAUCGCAGACUUGACUUCUUGAUCCACACAUUAACAACUCAAUUUCACUCCUUGUAUUGGUUUGACCAAUAUAUUGCAGAGACUGGACAUUUUGAAAAUCUGAGGGAUAGGUAUGUCUCGACCAACUCUUGGUAUCAGGCUAUGCACAUCCCUGACGUGGAUGUGCUACUAGACGAGGAAAAUCUCGAGUUUGCAAAGGUCGUUUCUCAGGCAGACAGUACUGUGGCAUAUACAAUUUGGAACCCAGGUUCGGAGUUCGCACUCUGUGAUUGCUCGUGGUCAAUGGUGGGUAAUAUUUGUAAGCACGUGAUUAAGGUUGCAAUCUUCUGUAGAAGUCGACAGGUAGCAAGGCCAUUAUUGGCUGCUCAAGUUUAUAGGCAGGUGUUGCUUAGCCUCCUAGAAAAUAUGCCGGAUGAUCCUCUGGUUCUUGAACAUGCCGUAUCGCAUGUGACGCGGUUGCAACAGGACAUCAACAGCUUGGAGGAAUUGUCAAGUAGCGGAUUAUUGCAGCCACUACCUUCUGAUACAAACUUCCAAAUGCCAGAUAAUCUCCACCCUUUUCCACGGCUUCAUUAAUCUGCGCUUUCUGUCUGAACUUGUAUCAUGAGGAUCCCUGAAAACAUCCAUGUUGAAGCAGAAUAUUUUAUGGAAAAUGGCAUCAUAGGUCCCCAACCUAUAGUCAGAUAGAAUAUGGUCCGCAACCUUUAAAAAGGAGCAUGUUGGUCCUCAACCUAUCAUUAUUGUUUCACAAUCAGACCCCACGAGGGCCAUGCAAUGAUUUAAUGAAGAUUUGAACGGUUUUGAUUUUUGAGGACUGAUUUUGCAACUAUAGUUGAAAGUUAAGGACCAACUUGUUUGUUGGACUUGGAUCAGGGACCAACUUGCUACUGGGUAAUAGUUUGGAUACCAAUGGCACAUUCUUCUCGUAUUUACUCUCUAGAUUUCAGAAAUUGGUCAGAUUUCAGGCUGUUUUGUUAAUCUUGAGUUCUUCAAAGUAGAGUAAAGAUCUUAAGACUUGUCGUCAUGCAGACCGUGGACGGAUGCAAUUAUCAAAUUGGUGGUGGCGGCAGAUGGAGGAGACGGUGGUGGAGAAUGUACUACACAUGGAAGAGCCGGGGGGGGAGGGACAAUAAAAUAGUUUUGUACUAGGCUGAUACGUGGGGAAAAAAGGGCUGCUCCUCUCCCCUCCCUCCACCCGAGUUUGAUGGCGGAGUUGAAGAAAGAUUACUGAUGGCGGCCUUGGCUUAUUUGUUAAUGAAGGGAGUUGGCGGUGAUGGUGCCUGCAUGGAAAGAGCGGUCGACUGUGAGAUUUGAUGGCCGAGUUGAAGACAAGCAGUCGAGGCAGGUUUGUGGACAUGCUAAUGCAGGGUGGUGAUGGUGGACAUGAAGGUUCUGCACAUGGAAAUAGUGGCUUUUAAAAUUAGUUAAUAAAAUAAUUAAACUUAGCUUGAAUAAUCUAAGCAAAUAAGACCUUAAUCUACGAAUUAUUUUUUUGUUUCGAUAUCAUUACCAGUAUCGAGUCAAUAUACUUUGUUUCGAUUUUCUUUGAAGUAUCAAUACUUUUUCAAUUUAUUACACAUAAUUUUGAGUAGUAGUGGACACAAAAAGAGUGGUGAACUCGUUAUAAA